AUGUCGCAGGCCAUCGCGGCUCUGGUUCACGCGGCGCAGGCCGCCCAGGUGACGAGAGAUACCGCCGACGCCGCGACCACGACGGCUGCUGCGCUGCCGCCCAUCACCGACGACUACCCGUACCCGGAAACGAGUCUUCAGCACAUUGGCUUCUUCAUUCUCUUCUUCUUCCCGGCAGUGGCCCUGAUCAUAGUGGCUUUAAGAGUAUAUAGUCGGGUCAGCACGAAUCAGUUCGGUUGGGACGAUGGCUUGAUAUGUUUUGCAAUGGUAGAGUCGCUCGCCGAGACUGUAGCAUCGUACUUCGCCAUGCGCUAUGCCUUCAUCGGCAUCCACGUCAAAGACAUACCCUUGGUAGCAGACCAACGGCUCGGCAGCCUGUGGAACUACAUCAUCCAGCUCCUCUACAACCCGAUCCUGGCGCUCGUCAAGUGCUCCGUCCUGAUGUUCCUCCUCCGCCUGAGCGGCCAGAAGCGGCGCAUCCGGUACGCCAUCAUCGGCCUCAACGUCUUCAACCUGACGCUCAUGGUCGCCAUCUUCGUCACCGUCAUCUUCCAGUGCCGGCCCAUCAGCUACUUUUGGGAAAAGGCAGGCCGCAACCCCCCGACGGACGGCACUUGCAUCGACACCUCGGCCUUCUACGUGAGCACUGCCUCGCUGACGAUUCUAACCGAUGUCCUCGCGCUGGCCUUGCCCUUCUGGAUCUUCCUCGGACUGAAGAUGCCCGCACGGGUCAAGAUGGCUCUCCUCGCCGUCUUCGCCCUGGGAGCCGUCGUCACCGCCAUCAGCGUCCUCCGCCUCGUCUGGCUGGUCGAGGUGUCCUACCACAUCAACCUGAACGAUCCGACCUACGACAUCCGCUUCACCUACUCGGCCGUCGAGACCAACCUCGCCAUCAUAGCCGCCUCGGCCCCGGCCCUCCGCGGCCUCUUCCUCCGCUGGUUCCCUAAGUUCUUCGCCUCCCUCAAGAGCUCCUCCAACGGACGCUACGGCUACGGCCGCAGCGGCGGCGGCGAUGCCAAGAGGUCGCGCACCACGGCGACGGCGACCCGCGGCCGGAGCGCCACGCACCACACGCACAACGACACCCACCCCAACACCUUCCAGCUCAAGAACAUGAGCAUGAAGGGCCGGUCCGAGAUCAGGGGCCACUCGCCGACGACGAGCGAGGAGGAGAUCAUGACGUACGACGGCAUCAUGCGGACGCGGGAGGUCAACAUCGAGUACGACGCCAAGCGGGAUUCCACGCCGCGCGGCGGCGCGAGGGGGGAGCUCCCGCCGGCGUCGACGGGGGGAGGUGGCGGCCGGAACCAGGGGAGGAGCUUCGACACGAAGCUGUACUCGACCAACAGUUCGGAGAGCUUCUAG